GAAAACAUUCAUGUCGUUUUUAUAUACUCUAUAUAUUCUAUCAAAUUCGAUUCGUACUUUGGAUCUAAUCCAAUUACUCGUAGAGUACGCCUACCUUCCUGCUCACCUUAUGAAUCUGCGUUCUGUAAUGUAUCCCGUGACAUCUGCAAAAGUUGGAGGUUUAGAAAUAUGCUUAAGAACAUACUGCAUUAUCCAUCAGCAAGAGCAAAUAUUCUCAUUGAUAUACCUGGCACAGCCAUAUAUAUACCUGUCACAAUGUGUAUGGCUUAG